UCUUUGAUAUAUACUGACAUAAUGAAACUCGCCGUAAUCCUUGCUGUUGCUAUGGUAAUGAUGAUGGGACAAGAUGUUCAGUCCUGGAGAGUCCGCGUUCGUAGAGUUGUUCGAGUGGUCAGAACCGUUGUCACUCCUACAAGAUGGGGUAGUGAAGUUGGUAGAAUUAUUCUUGGUAAACGAAGCGGUGAAGCUGAAUUCAAUGCUGCUUUUGAAGCUGCUACAGCAGAUAAUGUUUUAACUGCUGAUGAAAUCAGUGAAUUAUUAGGAUUAGAAGGCCAAGAAUUAAUCGCCUUUAUUGCCGAAGCUGAUAUUAACGGUGAUGGUCAAAUUGAUCUUGAAGAAUUUAUAGCCAAGGCAGAUGAUUAAAUUGUCAAGAAGAUGGGGUGUAAAAGGAUGAAGACAUUGAUUGUCAUUGAGAUCUGAACGAUUUACGAUUAAUUUUAAAAACAGUGUCGACAUUUCUAUGACAUGAUAAAUAUAUAAUUAUUAAAUUAUGUCUGCUU